CUUUGUUCGCUCGUCACAGACACAAAGCUUGGCACUGGACAGAACGCUGCCUCCUGAGCGUCUGACGGCACGAUAGCAGCAAUCUACACGCCCGUACAGAGCAGCCCAUCUUGACACCAGCUCAGAUCUUGCUUUGAUCUCCUGAACGCGAUACAGGCGACAAAGACACGCGGUCGCAGGAGGGACGACAUACGAUUGAGACAUAUCAUAACACGCUCGCUAUAGUACACAUCCUACACCAAGAUCACACUGAUCUACAUAGAGUCACCUUGACAUCACGAAGGAGUCAGAAAUCCAACAGGAACGAUCUCGCGCGGUUGUCUCCCUUCAGGCACACGCUACAUUGUCCAGCCCACUAAGCACUCCUCGGUGCAUUCAUUGACCUUGCGCUCUCGAUGACCUUUGACGGUGAACCAUCUGGUAUGGCGAGACGACGACGAUCCAUCUCUGGCGCGCUAAAUGCUCGCGCUCAUAAGCCUGACGGAGAUCAGGGCGUCUUCUUUGCAGGCGCGAAGCGUCACGUCAUUCAGCCUAGAGCAGCCGCACAUCACCCGAAGAAGCAUGCUAGUCAUGCAUUGCUCAUGAAGGACGCGAAGCUGUCAUCAGACACAAAAAAGGCGAACAAAGGCGUCAACAGCAAAGCCGAAUUGGCCGGCCUCGCAAAGACGCUGACCGAUGCUUCGGGAUCAAAGGCCGUCGACAAGUCUGCAAACUCGAAAGGCAAGACCAAUGCAGUCACUCCCGACAGCAAAGCAGUUCGAGCAGACGCGGCCGCUGCUGCCAGCUCGUCAAGCGCGACCUCUGCGCGCGCUGCCGCCGCCGCCGCCGCCACUACUACUUCUCGUCGUCGUCGCACCUCAGCGUCGAGCUCAGCUGCGGCUGCUGUUUCUUCAGCCUCUGACGCUGGAAAUGACAAUAGCGACAAUGAUGCAGCCACACUAUCUGCGACGACCGCAGCGACUCGUACAAGCGCGGUUGCAGCUUCGCCCCUGACAAGUGCUGCACUCGCACGAGGCACAGCUGGCAGUGCCAGCACGGUCGGUCUCCCCACGACCGCAACCGCGGCCGGCGCGGCAGGCGGCACAGGCUCGAGCCAUUCAUCAGGCAUCUCGACGGGUGGCAUCGUCGCCAUCGCUGUCGUGUGCUCUGUCCUUGGUCUCAUCGCAGUCGGAUUGAUCGCCCGGCAGCUCUUGCAUCGCAGACAGCGCAGACGCGGUGGCCUGCUCGCUGCAAGCGGCUCAUCGCCGAAGAAAGGCGCAAUGAUCCGACUCGGCAGCGCAGGCUCUGGCUCAACCGGCUCAAACGAGAAGAAAGGUUACAGACGCAACGGAGAUGACGAUGACGAGCUGUUCGGUGCCAUGGACGCCAACGCGCUCGGCAACCGCGAACUCAAAGAUGACGCUUUCAACGAGAAGUUCAGUGGCGCGGCGUCCGAGCAGGGCGGCAUGGCUGGGAUGGGUGCUCCCCUCGGCAUGGGUGGCAAUGCAGGCAACAAUAUGGGCUCUAAUAGCUCGCCUUAUUCCGCAGUCAGACAUAUGUCGAACUCAUCUUCGUCUGCCAACGGGCACCCCUCGUCACGCACUCUGCUCGCUAACGGCGCCUUGCCGCCACCCGUGUCGAACGCCGGACAAGGCGUGCGUCAGAGCUACAGCAAUACGAUGAUGUCUGCGCCUGCCGUACCCGGCAUGAACGCGCUCUACAGUCAGCCCGGACAACAGCAAGCACAGUCAGCAAGGAGCGCAGAAGAGGGCCCUUUCGCCGAUCCAGAGUUUGCAGGCAAAGUCUUUGUCGUCCGCAGAACUUUCGAACCUUCGUUGCCCGACGAGCUGAUCAUCUUCCCUGGUGAUCGCAUUGAGAUCCUCAUGGGAUACGAUGAUGGCUGGUGCCUGGGCGAGAACCUUGACAGCGGCAACCCGCCUUUCCAGCGCGGCGUGUUCCCUCGGGACUGUGUCGAGGAAGAUCCCAGUCAAGCUCAUCUUGCACGACAUGCGCCGGGCUCAGUCGCAGUGGGAGCGCCGGGACCGCGUCAGUCGCAGCUCAACGGAGACGGUCAAGCACCCCAGAUCCAAGUCUCUGGACCCCAGGACGUCAACAGACUCAGCGUGGCCGGCAACAAACCAGCGCGACGGACGAGCUCUCUCAUUGCGAGCCGCGACGCCGAGCUGUUCAUGGCCCUCGGCGAGGUGCUCGAAAAGGAUCGUCACCGUGCACAUCACGACGCUCACUGGUCUGCGCCAGUACCUGCGCAGUUCAACGAGCACCUCAAAGACCUUGCGACUCGUUCUUGCGGCUGGCGGUCCUGCGACGAGGGUCAGCUGGAUCUCGACCUUGAACGCGUCGCGGAGGCAUACAGCCAGCAGCGUAAGAACCAUCUCAUGCCAACGACAUAUACCGCACUCUUGUACAAUCCUGAUUAUUCGCAUCCACUGAGGCCGUUCGGCUAUAGAGUUGCGUUAUAG